AUGGACUUUGUUGCUUUUCAUAGCCUAUCAUCAGAUAUUCCAUCAAAGAAAUUAAUUUUGAACUUUUCUGAAAGUCUGUUUCCAUCACCUAAUAAAAAGCAUGCUUGUCAAAGCAGUGAUAAAAAGGAAGAAAAGUUGUAUUGCUCUCAACAAGGUCAUUUCAUUUCAAGUCCACUUAAAACAACUAAAAGAAAUAGAUUGCCACCUGCAAAUCACAGUUCACCAUUUAAAUCUGCUGUGUCGGCUGUAUCUUUUUACAAUAAAGACAAGUGGUACCUCAAUCCACUGGAGAGAAAGCUUAUAAGAGAGAGUAGAGGCAUUUAUCUAAAGACUAGUAGUAAAGAUAAAUCUUUUCCUGGUAUGACAGAAAAAAUGCAGGGAAAACCAGUCUUUACCAAGAAGAGGAACAAAAAACCACAGAAGAGUCUGACUGCUAAGUAUCAACCAAGUUAUAAGCACAUCAAGCCUGUAUCGAGAGGUUCUAAAACUUCCAAGCAAAAUCAAAAGGUAUAUAAGCCAGUUGUGGAGAAGGAGAAUAAUUCUUAUCCAGCUGAAAAUAAUCCUGAUACUCCUCGGGUUCUAAGCCAAAAAACAAAACCACAAGUUACACUGCAGGGUGGAGCAGCAUUUUUUGUUAGUAGAAAAAAAUUCUCUCAGAAAUGCUCUCUGGAAGAUAAGCCAUCACUGGGAAUCACACAAAACAAUAAAUCAGAAGCGAGUGAAGGUUCUGCCACGGAGGCUCUAUGUGAAAGGAAGGCUUUUGUGGAAAAUCAAGUGCCAAAGUGUCUGUCAUUUGAGAAGAAAUUGAAUAUUGAAUUACCAAGUGCAAGAAGUGAAAAUGAGAAAUUAAUAAAGGGUUCAUCAGGUGCAAUAGUUUCUUCAAAGGAAUAUAAACUUGAUAAAAAUAACCAUUUUCCUUCAGAGAAUUCUGUGGAGAACAAGACAAUUUCUUCUGAGUCCAUUGUCUAUCCGAUCUUUAGUGUGUCUACAAUCAAUACAAAAAGAUGUCUAGCUGACGAACAGUCUUCUAUGGGUUCCAUCACAUGUCCUAACUUCCUGAAACAGACAAAUAUUCAGAAAAAUAUGAAUAAUAGAGAUACAAAUAAAGAAACAAAAGAGCAGCUCAUCAUUGACGCAGGUCAAAAGCAUUUUGGCACUACUGUAUGUAAGUCUUGUGGCAUGAUCUAUACUGCUUCCAAUCCUGAAGAUGAAAUGCAGCAUGUCCAGCAUCAUCAGAGAUUUCUGGAGGGAAUCAAAUAUGUGAGCUGGAAAAAAGAACGGGUAGUAGCAGAGUUUUGGGAUGGGAAGAUUGUGUUGGUGCUGCCACGUGACCCAAGUUAUGCUCUCAGAAAGGUAGAAGAUGUUCAGGAACUUGUUGAUCAUGAAUUGGGCUUCCAGAAAGUUGUUCCCAAAUGUCCUAACAAAACCAAAACGUUUCUCUUCAUAUCUGAUGAAAAGAGAGUAGUUGGGUGUUUAAUUGCAGAGCCCAUCAAACAGGCCUUCCGUGUCCUGUCUGAUCCAAGUGGCUCAGAAUCCUCGGGCUCUAAAGAAUGUUCUAGAGCUUGGCAAUGUUCAAAUGUACCCGAACCUGCAAUCUGUGGCAUAAGUAGAAUCUGGGUUUUCAGAUUAAAAAGAAGAAAGCGCAUUGCAAGACGACUGGUAGAUACUGUCAGGAAUUGCUUCAUGUUUGGCUGUUUUCUUAGCACUAAUGAAAUAGCAUUUUCUGAUCCAACACCAGAUGGCAAGUUAUUUGCAACCAAGUACUGCAAUACCCCUAAUUUCCUUGUAUACAAUUACAAUGGCUAA